UGGUAGAUUAGUAUAAGCGAUCAGUUAAAAUAAAAAGUAAGGGAACAGUUAUUUCCAUCACAAUUCUCAGCUCUCUUCGAAUUCAUCGAACCUCCCAAUGCCACUUCGUAACAACAAUAUUCUACUGUAAAUUUAACUGAAGAAGAACAAUAUACAACUAGCAAAUUCAAAAAACUCUCACCUUCAACACUCUGCUUUGCAUAAUUCCACUGUAAGCAUUAAAGGCUAUCAAAAUGCAAGCUUCAACUUUCACAGUCAAAGGCAACACAGGAUUUGGCCUUCAGAAUCGAAGGAUUUUGCAAGGCGUUGGUGAUUUGCGUAGUAGGAAUUUAUCUAGUAAAAGUCUCCGGAUGACGGAGAGGAACAGUUGCUUCGGAGUAAGUAUGGAUUCUGCUUCUAUGGGAAUCGAACUUGGCCGUGCCAGGAGAACUGUUCAAAGUGUCUUCGGUUCGUCAGCAAAGGCCAGAUCACACAGAGUUCGAGCUUCUGGAGAGGAUAUUGAGGAUGCAGCACCUCUCAAAGUUCAAGGGCAAUCAUCUGGAACAGUACUUCCCUAUGUGGGUGUAGCUUGUCUGGGAGCAAUUUUAUUUGGAUAUCACCUAGGGGUGGUGAAUGGUGCCCUUGAGUACCUAGCUAAGGAUCUUGGGAUUGCCGAGAACACUGUUAUACAAGGAUGGAUUGUUAGCACAGUUCUUGCUGGCGCCUUUGUUGGUUCAUUUACUGGUGGAGCUCUGGCUGAUAAAUUUGGCCGAACAAAGACAUUUAUAUUGGAUGCAGUUCCACUUGCAGUUGGUGCGUUUCUAUGUACCACUGCCCAGAGUGUUCAGGCUAUGAUCAUUGGACGGCUACUUACUGGAAUUGGCAUUGGAAUCUCAUCUGCUAUUGUGCCACUUUACAUAUCUGAGAUCUCGCCCACGGAAAUUCGCGGCACACUUGGAACGGUCAAUCAGCUAUUCAUUUGCAUUGGAAUUCUUGCUGCACUAGUGGUUGGAUUGCCUUUGUCUGGAAAUCCUUUGUGGUGGAGAACAAUGUUUGGUAUCGCACUUAUUCCAUCUGUUUUACUUGCACUAGGAAUGGCAUUUUCUCCAGAAAGUCCUCGGUGGCUCUAUCAGCAAGGGAGAAUUUCUGAAGCUGAGACAUCUAUUAAAAGGCUAUAUGGUAAAGAAAGAGUUGCUGAGGUAUUGGGUGAUUUGGAAGCUUCUGCUCGGGGUUCUUCAGAACCAGAUGCUGGGUGGCUUGAUCUAUUUAGUAGCCGUUAUUGGAAAGUUGUUAGCAUUGGUGCAGCUAUGUUCUUGUUACAGCAGUUGGCUGGGAUAAAUGCUGUUGUCUAUUAUUCCACAGCAGUGUUCCGAAGUGCUGGAAUUUCAUCUGAUGUAGCAGCCAGUGCUCUGGUUGGAGCAGCCAACGUCUUUGGGACAACGGUGGCAUCCUCUUUGAUGGACAAACAAGGAAGGAAGAGUCUCUUGCUCAUAAGCUAUACUGGAAUGGCUGCAUCAAUGAUGUUGCUUUCCUUGUCAUUCACUUGGAAGGUCCUGACACCAUAUUCUGGCACACUGUCUGUUCUUGGUACUGUCCUCUACGUGUUGUCCUUUUCACUUGGUGCUGGUCCUGUGCCUGCUCUUCUACUUCCAGAGAUAUUUGCUUCCAGAAUUAGGGCAAAAGCGGUGGCUCUCUCGUUGGGGAUGCAUUGGAUAACAAACUUCUUUAUUGGCCUGUACUUCCUGAGUGUUGUAAAUAAAUUUGGAAUCAGUACGGUGUACAUGGGAUUUGCAUCCGUUUGUCUUCUUGCUGUCAUGUAUAUAGCUGGUAACGUUGUGGAGACAAAGGGGCGGUCACUGGAGGAGAUAGAACGUGAGUUGAGUCCAGCAAUUUGAGUGUCACAACAUGAACAGCUGAGGGUAAUUUCAGCUUCCGCCAUCCAGUGGUCUGAUAUAGAAGAGAUUCUCCACAUUGAGAGUCUAUUAUUGCGAGACUGGAGUUGUAUCACUUACGCUUUAGCUGUCUCUUUGAUUUUCUUGUACUCCGGCAACAUGAAUCAUGCAACAUUGUAAAAUCAUGUAACUGUUAUGGAAGAUGAUCCGAUAAAUGAGUAUUUCGGAACCCAUUUUCAGAA